GAGGAUUCGAAUCUUCUUGUUGAUUGAAUCGACUCCUUCUACUAACGAAAGUGUCUGCAGUGCUGUUGUGGUGCAUUAGGAACAGUGUCACAGAAAUGGAGGUGGAAAGUUUCGUUUCCAAGACGCUUGAACUCUUGCAGGAGGAGAGGAAAGCUGAGAUAGAAGAAACAAGGGCAUGGCAAAAGAAUCUGUCACUGAAAAAUCUACAACAAAAAGGAGUAUGUUUGUUGAAACUUCAAAUUGGAAGUCAGAGGACAGGAAUGCAUGGCAGACUUCUGGUUUCAUUUGAACCCCGGAAAAGUAUCGGCCCUUCACUUCUUCCCAGUCACGGUUUUGGACCCGGAGACAUUGUGGGUCUUUAUGAAUCAGAAGGAUGCAGCCAGCCUAAUCAGCUUUGCUCAGGUGUGGUGACCCGAGUGACACAAGCAUCAGUAACAGUUGCUUUUGACGAAACACAUGAUGGCCUCAACCUGGAAAGUGAUGGACUAUACAAUAUAAUGAAGCUUGCAAAUGAUGUAACUUAUAAACGAUUGACUCAUGCUUUAAACUCUUUGAAUGGGUACAGAAGUGGUCCUGCCUCCCAUUUAAUUAGUGUCCUUUUUGGCUACUCUGAGCCUGGGAUGUUGUCACAGCAGAAUGCUUUAGAGUGGAUCAAUACUGGAUUAGACAGAUCUCAGCAGGAGGCUGUUUCGUUUGCGCUCGCUCAGAAAGACGUUGCUAUCAUACACGGACCACCAGGGACGGGGAAAACCACAACGGUGGUAGAAGUUAUUCUACAGGCUGUGAAACAAGGCCAGAAGGUUUUGUGCUGUGCUCCAUCCAACGUUGCCGUGGAUAAUUUGGUGGAGCGUCUGGCUAAAAACAAGGCUAAGGUCCUGCGCCUGGGACAUCCAGCACGCUUGCUAGAGUCGAUCCAGAAACAUUCACUGGAUGCCGUGCUUGCACAGAGCGACAACACCAACAUCAUCGCAGAUGUCCGAAAAGACAUGGAUAAAGCCUUCAGCCAGAUAAAGAAAGUGCGUGACAAAGGACAGAGAAGCAGCCUAAGGCGAGAAAUAGGAGAGCUGCGAAAGGAACUAAAGAGCAGGGAGGAGAUGGCCAUCACCCAAAUCCUGAAAAGAGCCAGUGUUAUUCUGGCAACCAACACUGGAGCUAGUGAUGAUGGUCCACUGAAGUAUUUGCCAAGCGAGCAUUUCGACCUGGUGGUGAUAGAUGAAUGUGCCCAGGCUCUGGAGAGCAGCUGUUGGAUUACACUGCUCAAAGCACGCAAGUGCAUCCUGGCUGGAGACUACAAGCAGCUGCCACCCACAAUUAAAUCUCAGAAUGCAGCUGCUAAAGGUCUGUCUGUGAGUUUAAUGGAGCGGCUAAUUAAGAAGUAUGGAGACUCGAUAGUUCGAAUGCUGACCACUCAGUACCGUAUGAACAGUGCCAUCAUGCAGUGGGCCUCAGAGCAGAUGUACCAAGGAAAACUGAUUGCACAUCCUUCAGUCGAGAAACAUUUAUUGAGAGACCUGGCUGGUGUAGCUGAUGUUGAGGAGACCAGCAUGCCUCUGCUUUUAGUUGACACUGCUGGCUGUGGUCUCAAUGAAAUGGAGGACACAGAUGAACAGUCCAAAGGCAAUCAGGGUGAAGUUGAUAUAGUGGCUCUUCAUGUGCAAACCUUGACUGAGGCUGGACUGCAGGCUAAAGACAUUGCAGUCAUUGCACCUUAUAACCUACAGGUAGAUCUGCUGAGACAGAAGCUCUCAAAUCAGUAUCCUGAUCUGGAGAUCAAAUCUGUAGAUGGCUUUCAAGGCAGAGAAAAGGAGGCAGUGCUGCUGUCCCUGGUUAGAUCUAAUAGAAAAGGAGAAGUCGGAUUUCUUGCAGAAGACAGAAGGAUCAACGUGGCAGUAACACGUGCCAGACGUCAGCUUUUUGUUGUCUGCGAUUCCCAGACUGUACGAAACCAUGACUUUCUCAAAAGCUUAGUUGACUAUAUGUCUGAGCACGGGGAGGUUCGCACUGCCUUCGAGUACUUAGAAGACUUGGUGCCUGAAAACUACCACCGUGAUUUUAAAGAUGAACAGAAUAACACUAAAGCAUCUUCCAGUAAAGCAAAGGCAAAAAACCAACAAGGCAAAGGAGGUGAGAACAAACACAAUAAAGUCUCUGAGAGCAAAAGCAAAGGAAGUGGUCAGUCAAAGGAUGAUUCCAAUGCUGGCAAUAAUCUGAAGUCACACCUUCCCAAACCAAAAGCAGAUGAUCAGGUUGAGACUCAAAUUAAGAAAGAAGAGAUACGGCAGCAGUUGCUUAUCUUUCUGGACAACCAGAGUCAGACAGAGCUUCAGUUUCCUUCCUCUCUGAAUUCACAUGAACGCCUGCUGGUCCACCAACUCUGUGAGGAGCUGGAACUAAAGCAUGUGAGCGAGGGAACAGGAAAAGAGCGCCAUAUCACUGUUUCCAAACCAGUGGUAGUGCCAGAAGAGAGACUGGAAAAGGAAUCAGAGAGUGCAGAAAUCCAGAUUCCAGAGGAACUUACAGAAAAAGAAUCCAGCAAUGAAGUAUUAAAACCUGCUGUAGAUUUGAAAAGCUUGUAUUUAGAGCGUAUGCGGCGGGAGCAAGAAAAACGGGAGUUGAAAAUUCAGAGCAAAAGACUAGAGACAGAGCUUAAAGACAGCAAAGGCUCAUCCACGAAGAAGAACAAAAGUGUGUCAAAAGGAAAGGGGAAGAUGAAAGCAGGGGCUUUGGACAUUGCCGCAGCUGCUACUGCUGAUGAUGAUUUUGAUGCACUCAUUGAUGCAGUGGUGAAAGCAGAAAGCGUGUGUGGCUUCAUGAGGUGUAAAGCCAGUGUACUCACACUGGGGCAGCUGUGUGUCUACUGUAACAGACAGUACUGCCUGAGUCACCACAUACCUGAGGUCCAUGGAUGUGGAGACAAAGCGAAGGCACAGGCUCGCAUGAGAAUAAGCAAGGAGGGAGUGCUGUAUGCUGGCAGCGGACACAAGGACAAGUCCAUGGAUCCAAACAAGAAAGCAUACCUGCAACGCAAACUAGACUCUAAACUUAAAGACAUGGCAUCCCAAAGAAAAUCCAAAUCAAAAGAUAAAGAACAUUAAAAAAUUCAGUUUUGCUUUAUAAAAUGUAUUUAUUCUAAUUAUAGGAAGGAAGUGCUGGUUUGGAAUAUUGCAUAAGUAGGAUAUCUGUGUGUGUAUAUAUAUGUGCAAAUGAAAUGCAUCCACAACACAAUAUUUAAACACUGUCCUUUUUAGUUAUUUUUUUACCUCAUAAAAAUUCCUUAGAGUUGAAUUAUGUGUUAAAGUAUUCAAAUAUAUACAUAUAUAUAUUUUUUUAAAUGAGAGAAAGACACAUUAGUAGUGACUGACAGAAUAAGGUUGUGUGAAACAUGGAUCUGCUGCUGGAUUUUAUCUGCAUGAUGCUGUGUGGAGCUCAGAAAUCUGGGAGAGCCUGAGAGUAGAGCUGCUGCUCAUGGACUUAUAGGUGCCUACAAGGAUGCUCUCCUGGAGGAACUGUAUCAGACACAUUACUCUGGUCAGACACCCGGGGUGGACUUGGUAGAAAGUUUAUAUCUUACAAUUUGCUUGGAAAAGUCUGGGAAUUAACUAGGAGGAGCUGGAAUAUGUGGCUAGGGAUGGUGAAGAGAUCUUAGCAGCCUACUGCUGUCAUGAAAAGUAGAAGAAAAAGGAUGAACGUCUAUGAAAAUGAAUAAAAGUUUUACUUUGGGGUGGAAAAUCAAAAGGAUGUACAGUUAACGUUAUUAAGAAAAUGAAUGAUAAUUUGUCAGUCUUAUGAACCACCAUAUGCUUAGAGCAUCACAGAUUUUCAGUUAACUGUUUUUUUUUUUCUAUCGCACACUGUUGCACUCACUACCGAGGAUCAGUUUAAGAUCAAGAGUAACAGGACCUGCAACAGUUUUACAAACAAGAAGACACAAACACAUUCAUGCAAUUAUUAUUUAAAAUAAAAUAAAAAAAAAUGACCAGAUUUGUUAAAGGCAACAGGAAGGAUACAGUAACUCAAAUAAGCAAUCUUUAAAAAUGUAGUGAACAAAAAAAGCAUCUUAAAACAAAUCAGACAUUAAACCUUGAGGAGGAUCAGCUACUACAGCCAGAAGAGAACAGGAAUCCAAGGCUACAGAGGCAUGAACUCACAAAAACAGGGCAGUUAAAGAUCCUGAUCUUUUUCCUAUCUUUAGUUUCAGUGAUAAUGUGCCCACUGUAGCCUAAGAUUCCUGUUCAUGGCAGACUGGAGUAAACCCCAAUGUGUUCUUCUGCUUUUGUAGCCCAUCCACCACACGGUUUGAUGUUUUGUGAGUUGUGGGAUGCUUUUCUUCUCACCACAGUUGUAAAGAGUGCUUAUUUGAGUUACUGGAUCCUGUUUCCUCUUGGCUUGAGCCAAAUCUGUUCCUGAUUCCUCUGACUUCUCUCAUCACCAACAAGCUCUUAAUCUGUGUCUGUAUGACUGUAUAUUAUGCUACUGCCACAGGAUUAGCUAAUUAGAUACCUGCAUGGAAAAGUAAGUAUUCCUGAUAAAGUGUUCAUUAAGUGCAUGACAUUAUGG